GACUCAUCUGGCAUCACUGCACUGAUCUCGUAGCCUGCGAGACACACCAAACUAUCAUAUUUAUUGCGUUUACUCCGAAAAGUCAUGAAAUUAUGUGCAUAACGUCCCACUGGAAUUCAUUCAACGUAAAUUUUUGAAGCUUUACACCUUAUCAUGUGCUUUUGAUCUUGGAAUAUCGGUCGACUGAGGAUUAAUUAUUGCUCGUGGGUUUCGUUGGAGUCCCUGGGUUUAGGAAUUCCGUUUAUUGAACUCGACCAGUAGAUAACUAUACGACAAUGGUCGAUUCAAGUGAUCUGGACAUACAGAUUAUGCAAUUGAAGAAGUGUGAGAUCAUAAAAGAGGCACAGGUCAAAGCCCUCUGUGCCAAAGCACGAGAGAUUCUCAUUGAAGAGAGCAAUGUCCAGAGAAUUGACUCACCUGUCACUGUCUGCGGAGACAUCCACGGGCAGUUCUACGAUCUAAAGGAAUUAUUCAAGGUCGGUGGAGAUGUCCCAGAGACAAAUUACCUCUUCAUGGGGGACUUUGUCGACAGGGGAUUCUACAGUGUUGAGACAUUCUUACUUCUCCUUGCACUGAAGGUGCGGUAUCCCGAUCGAAUAACAUUAAUUCGUGGCAACCACGAGUCUCGACAAAUCACACAGGUCUACGGAUUUUAUGACGAGUGCCUGCGAAAAUACGGCAGCAUAACAGUCUGGCGAUACUGCACUGAAAUCUUCGACUAUCUGUCAUUAUCAGCAAUUAUUGAUGGAAAAAUAUUCUGCGUACACGGAGGCCUCUCUCCAAGCAUCCAGACACUUGAUCAAAUUCGAACCAUUGACAGGAAACAAGAGGUACCCCACGAUGGACCAAUGUGCGAUUUGCUGUGGUCAGACCCGGAGGAAACCCAGGGAUGGGGCGUAUCACCGAGAGGUGCUGGUUAUCUUUUUGGCAGUGACGUCGUAGCUCAAUUUAAUUCAGCAAACGACAUCGACAUGAUUUGCAGAGCCCACCAACUGGUGAUGGAGGGCUACAAAUGGCACUUCAAUGAGACUGUACUUACCGUGUGGUCAGCCCCCAAUUACUGCUACAGAUGUGGUAAUGUAGCAGCUAUUCUAGAAUUAAAUGAACACCUCCAACGAGACUUCACAAUAUUUGAGGCCGCGCCACAGGAGAGUCGGGGAAUACCUAGUAAAAAGCCUCAAGCUGAUUACUUUUUAUAAUUAAAUGAUGAGUUAAUGUAAUUGUAAUCGACCAAUGGACAUUGAGAGGAUUAAAUAUCCAACUUAUCUCUGCCACCUCCCCCCAUCUUUACAUUAAAGUUUUUUCAAUAUUUUUUCACACUAAAUCCUUUCUUUUUCAUCUGGAUCAAUGAUUUCUGUGAGAACAAUUGACGAGCGUCGAUUUACUCUUUAAUAUACUCCAUUUACUCUCAACAAUGUAUUUAUAAACAAUUAAUUCUCUGUAAUAAAAGAAAUCCUUCAUUUGUA